CCACACGUCUCCUCAUUCCAUUCUCAAAGACAUCGCAAAGAAUUAGUAGUAUGUUCCUCUCCUCUGCUCCUAUACAAUACCAAGAAACGAGUCUCUCUCUCUCUCUCUCUCUCUCCUCUACUUUUCUCUUUCUCUCUUCCAAAGAAUAGAAUAGUAGGCUAACGUCUCCCUCUCUCUCUCUCUCUCUAAAUAUAUACUCUGAUCAAACCUUACAACAGUACCCAGAAAACGUCUCUCUCUCUCUCUCUCUCUCUCUCUGUUUCUCUGGUCUACUCGAUCUCUUUUUCUCUCCUCUUACGUAUUCAAGGAGAUAGAUAGACAAGUUCUGUUUACAAAGACUUCACUAUAUCCCUUGCAUACGUCUCUCUUUCUCUGUGUUCUUCACUUGAAUAACAAGUGAAUGAUGAGGCAGAAUAUGAAUAAAGUAGCACAGAUCAAAGUAGACGAAUCUACAAAGCUGUUUCCUUAUGUCUUCGGGUUGAAAAGUUCUUGUGGGAAUUGCUCGAAGAGAUGGAAGCCUAAGCUUAUCUAUCUUCUUCUCUUCUCUCUUAUCUCAAGCUGCUUCGUCUUUGCCCCUCAGCUCCUCUAUUUCCCUUACCCCUCUUCUCUGUUUCUCAUCGAUUCUUCAAUCAUAGAGAUUGAAAAUCGUGUUUCCGAAACCGAUAUAGAGUCGCCUAAGACGUCACAAAACGACGAGAGCAUAUCUUGUGACAGAAACGGGUAUCGUUCAGACAUCUGUUUCAUGAAAGGCGAUAUCAGAACACACUCUCCUUCCUCCAUCUUUCUCUACACCUCGAAUGAUCUCACCGACCACGUCUUGCAAGAAACAAUCAAACCAUACACCAGAAAGUGGGAAACUAGUAUAAUGGACACCAUUGGUGAGCUGAAACUUAUGACAAAAGAUGUGAAGGUUUCUGGCGACAAGCAUAAAUGCGAAGUGAACCAUGACGUACCCGCCCUGCUAUUCUCUACCGGAGGGUAUACCGGAAACCUCUAUCAUGAGUUCAACGACGGGCUUAUUCCUUUGUAUAUAACAUCUAAACGUUUCAACAAAAAGGUUGUCUUUGUGAUUGCUGACUAUCACAGGUGGUGGGAGAUGAAGUAUGGAGAUGUUCUCUCUCAGCUCUCUGAUUAUCCUCUUAUUGAUUUCAACAAAGACAAGAGAACUCACUGCUUCAAGGAAGCUAUUGUUGGUCUUAGAAUCCAUGGUGAGUUAACCGUCGAUCCUUCUCAGAUGCAAGAUGCUACAACAACCAUCAAUGAGUUCAGAAAUGUACUUGAUCGAGCCUAUAGACCUCGAAUCAACAGACUGGACAGGCAAGAGGAGCAACGGUUCCAUGCGAGAGUAGCAAAGAGAAGAAAGGCUCAUAGGCCAAAACUUGCAUUGUUUUCAAGAACCGGGUCUCGAGGUAUAACAAACGAGGCUCUGAUGGUCAAAAUGGCUCAGAGGAUUGGGUUUGAAGUCGAGGUUUUGAGACCUGACAGAACAACGGAGCUGGCAAAGAUUUACAGAGCGGUUAACUCAAGCAAUGUCAUGGUUGGGGUACAUGGAGCAGCCAUGACUCAUUUUCUGUUCAUGAAACCUGGAGGUGUCUUUAUUCAAAUCAUUCCAUUGGGAACAGAUUGGGCAGCAGAGACAUAUUAUGGAGAACCGGCAAAGAAGCUCGGUCUAGACUACAUUGGUUAUAAGAUUCUUUCAAGAGAAAGCUCAUUGUAUGGAAAAUAUGAUAAAAAUGAUCCAAUUCUAAGAGACCCAAACAGCAUCACUCGGAAAGGGUGGCAAUUCACAAAGGGGAUAUACCUGAACGACCAGAAAGUGAUGUUAGAUCUCCAUAGAUUCAAGAAGGUUUUGGUUGAUGUGUAUGCAAAAUCGAUUAGCUGACCUGAAAUAGAUUUCCAUUUUUUGUUGUUGUUGUUGUUGCUGUAUAGUCUGCACAAACUACAGAAAGUACAGAGUUCUUGUAAAGAUUUUAAUGAAACCGUGACAUAAAUGAA